AAAAAGAAGCUCUGGUGUGCUACAGGUUCAAGAGGUGAUCAUAAAAAUAACUGUGUGGAUUCAAAAUGAAGCCCUUUCUGAUCGCAGUGUUUUUAAACAUUUUGUCCACAUCUCUUCAGGAAGAACGUCUGGGUCGUUUAAGGCCAGCGUAUAUUUACAGUGGUGGAGUGACCAAAGUGAACGAAAAUGAAAACGUCGUGUUUAAGUGCAAAGCUGAUAAUAUACCAGAAAGCACAAUCUAUAUGCACCUCUUCAAAAAUGGUGAGAGAGUCAGGACGGAUGCUUUUAAAGCUACAACAAGAGAUGAUACAAUAUUUAACUUUACCAAAGUCACUGCAGAACUUUCUGGAUUGUACACAUGCCUUUACUCUGAAGAGAAUCUCAGUGUCAAAAAGACAAACGCAAAAGGACACAACUCUGUCUCAAUCAAGGUUUUGGGAAAAAUAUUCCCAGCGAAGAUUGAAAGAACAGAAACGUCAACACUGACCUGCACCUUUACAAAAAUUCAAAACUGUACUCAAGUCUACGUUUAUCUCUGCUUAAAUGGGAUCGGAAACAGAACGAAGCAGGUGAACUGUAGCGAUAUGACCAUUUCCACAACCUUUCUCCUCAGUAGCAUUUCAGAAAAAAGCUCUGGGAACUACAGCUGUGUGUAUUCAGUGUCUAACUACAGUCUCAGUGAGGUGAACAAUGCAGGAGAAAACACUGUCUUUGUCCAAGCAGAGGAAAGAAAUGUUCUGAGUGUAAUAAUUAGUGUUUCGGUUGCUGCACUAGUGGUUCUGUUGGUUCUGUUGGGAUUCUGCUGGUACCGAGACAUUCUUUGUUUCAGGUUGUCCCAAGAUCCUGCUGUAAGAAGCCCUCCCAACAGUGAGCCUUUCUACCAUGAGAUCAGAGCAGGUACACUCUAUGUGGAUGAAAAUGGCGUGCUUAGAAGUUUUGGUGGAAUGGCUUGUGGAAGUGAAGUGGAGGUUUCAUAUACCACUGUACAAAAGCAUAGAGAUGAACAACCUGUGGACAAAGAUGUGGAGCUAACUACAGAGGGAGUCUGUUAUGACAGUGUAAGAGUUCCAUAUGCUGUAGUCCAGAGACGCAAAGACAAAACAGGGGACGAGCAAGUAAUGCAAAGCUUCAGCUGUGCAACUAAUGUAACAUACACCGAGGUGAAGUACUGAG